AUGAUACAGCACUUAGGACUCCUGGUAGGUUAUCCUGUUGUAUUUGCUGCCAUUUUUGUGUGUGGUAUCGGUGGGACAUUUCAUUAUGGAUACAGCGUGUCUGUGAUGACCUCCCCCUCUUUUUUUAUAAAGGAGCUGGUGAACCAAACAUGCGUGCAAAGAUACGGUCUCUCCCUGGAGCCAUGGCAGCUCUCACUCAUCUGGUCCUUCACAGUGUCUAUUUUCUGUGUUGGGGGUUUACUGGGAUCGCUAGCAGCUGGUUCACUAGUGUCAAAAUGCGGCAGAAAGCGAUGCCUUUUGUUAAACACUUUUGUGGCUAUACUUGGUGGUGUGUUGAUGCUCUUGAGUAAAACAGCCAUGUCCUUUGAGAUGAUCAUGGCAGGACGCUUUUUCUUUGGCAUUAAUUCAGGAGUCAGUCUUGCAGUUUAUCCAAUGUACCUCAUGGAAAUCGCUCCUCGGAAGCUGAAAGGGAUUGUUGGCGUGACCAUUGGUUCCUUCAUGUCUUUGGGGAAGUUCUCUGGUCAACUGCUGGGGAUCAGUGAGUUACUUGGUACAGAGAAGCUGUGGCCCUGGCUGCUUGGUUUCAUUGGUUUCACUGGGUUGUUUCAACUCCUCACCCUGUUCUUCCUGCCAGAAUCUCCCAGCUUCCUGUUGUUGGACAGAGGAGACCAACGGGCCUGUGAAAAUGCUUUAAAGCGGCUUUGGGGCAAUGAGGACUACAGCAGAGAGAUCGAGGAGAUGCUGGAGGAGAAAGCUGCCCUGCAGAGUGUCCGCAGCUACUCAGUGUUGGAGCUGAUUCAGAACAAAACGGUCCGCUGGCAGCUGAUCACCGUCUCUCUAACUUUCGCCUCAGUGCAGCUCUGUGGCAUCAAUGCUGUGUACUUUUAUUCUUUUGAUGUGUUUCGUGCGGCGGGAAUCCCAGAACUAAAGUUGCGAUAUGCUGCCUUGGGGACAGGGCUCUGUGAAUUUUCCACUGCUGUAUCCUGUUUCAUGAUUAUUAACAGAACAGGAAAAACGGUCCUGCUCUUCAGAAGCUACGCAGGAAUGUCUGUGACACUAGUUUUCCUCACCAUCACUUUGUACCUGCAAAGUCAGGUCUCCUGGAUGCCGUACUGCAGCAUGGUCCUCAUUUUCCUCUGUAUAGUCUUUUUUGCCAUUGGUCCAGUUGGAGUUACACCUAGUCUUCCAGGGGAACUCUUUGCUCAGCCUUUCAGAUCAGCUGCGUACACAAUCUCUUGCACCCUCAACUGGUUAGGCCUGUUUGUGGUUGGGAUGGUCUUCCCCAUCCUAGUGGAGGAACUGAACUACUUUUGCUUUCUCAUUUUUCUGUUUUCUUGCUUCAUCUGUGGGCUUUAUCUCAAGUUCAACGUCCCCGAGAUCAAAAAUAAGACACCCCUGGAGAUAGCUGCAGAAUUUGAUAAGAUGCAUUGCAAACCCAAAAGAAAAGACGUCACUGAGAUGAACGGCAAUAGAAUCAUAUCAUACGAAACCAAACUGUGA